AUGAAAGAUCCAACAUUUUGUAUAAAUCAUUGUUCGGUCUGUCUUGCACUUACUUGUGAUGCACUUGAAUGUUAUGUCACCGACUGUCCAAAUGGAUGUGGUAUGCGCAUGCACUCGUGUAAGAUUGAAGAUCAUGUUGAUCAAAUAUGUCCCGAAACAAUUGUCCCAUGUAUAAACAAGGAAGUUGGUUGUCCUCAUCUUCUGUUUCGUAAGGAGCGGUCGUUUCAUUUGCUCACCUGUCCAGCUAGUGUCGUUACUUGCAACGCACGAUGUCCUUGGCUUUUCAGUCAAUCUCAGAAAAAGGAUAAGUCUAUUGUUGCUUGCACUGUAAACCCAAUUAUUCAUUCUGCUACAUGUAAUUCAUCUGUACAUCAACCAGUUAAGACUGUUGAUUCUUCUUUGUUGGGAAUUGAUAGUACGACUAAUCAGCAAUAUUGUCCCAAUCAAACUGAACAAAUGAUUAACAUACUCAAGUUAAUCAAUGAAGAUCAGAUUGAUAAAACACUAAAUAGCGAAUUUGUGGAUUCACCGUUAUCAUCUUAUAUGUGUGAUCAUCCAGGAUAUGUUUGUGGACGAACAGUUCAACGAACUAAUUAUGGAUCACAUUAUCAAUUACAUAGUAAUGUACAAGCGCAAUUGGAUGGAUGGAUUGAAUUAAGAUGUCCAUUGUCUUUUUUAGGCUGUAAAUAUGCUGUUGUCAGUCUUCGUCCUAAUAAUGAAUAUAAUCAUUUAUUAUAUAAUCCAACACUGGCCACAUAUACAAUAAGAUAUGAAUCAGAAAAUGUGGAAUGUAAUCAGUCAAUAUUUUCCAAGUCUACACAUAUGAAAUACUUUGAUUUUGAUAAAUUACCUACAGAAUUAUUGAUUUAUUUAUCUUUUUUCUUAGAUGAUAUGUCUUUACUUUGUUUAUCUAGAGUUUCUAAACGAUUAUUGAUUAUAUAUAAAAAUAUUCUUUGUGCAAGACUUAUUGUAACACCACAAUGGGAUAAAAUUCACUUCAAAGCAUCUGAUUUAUUCUCAUGGCGUAUUACAGGAUUCUUAUGGUCAUUUCCACAACGUGUUGAAUCUAUUGUUGGUUGGAGAUCAGCAUAUGGUGGAUCAGCUAGAGCAAAGAUAGCAGCUCAUCUGACCAAUUGUCAUUAUAAUGAUAAAACGAUACGUGUAUUUCCUUUUUGUUACUUGGAUUAA